AAUAUGGAUGGAGCCUAACUAAGACAGAUAAGAAAGAAGAAUUAAGGACCUUAGAUAGUGAACCAACAAUUACAAAAAAAUGCUUUGCCAUAAAUUACCAACCAGCAUUGACCGUUACUAUGGAUCUUGUUGAGCUGUAUCCAGAUUAUGAUAAAGAAUACAAUUGCAGAAAAUCAAUCACAAUCAGAAACAUUACAUCUGAUUCUUCAAUAUUUUUUUCGAAUAAUUCAUUAAUGGCUCAUUCUAUGCCAUAUUGUAACCAAAACAGACAUACAACAAAAAAUAAAUCUGUAAAUAGAUGUAAAAAGUCCUGGUACGUUGGACACCUUAUCAGAAAUAAGAUAAAAGAAAUUAAUAAAGAAUUUAAUCUGCUAACCAAAGAUGAUUACAAUGUUGCUAAUUGGCAUCAAGAUAUCAAAUUCAAAGUAAUACAAGCGAAAAGUAGACCACCUUUCCAAAGUCAUGAAUAUGAGACGCGUAUUUUAACCCAGUUACAAAAAUACAAUCAUGAAAUAACAUUUUAUAAUUUCCUUGAAAAAGAAAAAUCUUGUGAGAUAGCCCGAUUUUUCUCGGCUACGUUACAAUUGGUAAGUCGAAGUUUUCCUAAAGUUAAGCGGUGCACCCACGGUCAAUGUAUGUACAAGGAAACAAGGACCAACAGAAACGUGGCCAUCAAGUGGCACACCUAUCAAGCAACACUCGUCAAGAGCAACGCCACCCAUGCAUCCUGUCUCUAA